AUGAAGGGCGGCGAGGGGGACCCGGGCGAACAGGCCCCGCUGAACCCGGAGGCCGAGAGCCCCGCGGGCUCGGCCACGUACCGGGAGUUCGUGCAUCGCGGCUACCUGGACCUCAUGGGGGCCAGUCAGCAUUCGCUGCGGGCGCUCAGCUGGCGCCGCCUCUACCUCAGCCGGGCCAAGCUCAAAGCCUCCAGCCGCACGUCUGCCCUGCUCUCGGGCUUCGCCAUGGUGGCCAUGGUUGAGGUACAGCUGGAGAGAAACCACGAAUACCCGCCGGGCCUCCUGGUGGCCUUCAGUGCCUGCACCACCGUGCUGGUGGCUGUGCACCUCUUUGCACUCAUGGUCUCCACCUGUCUGCUGCCUCACAUUGAAGCUGUUAGCAACAUCCACAACCUCAACUCGGUCCACCAGUCUCCACACCAGCGACUCCACCGCUACGUGGAGCUGGCCUGGGGCUUCUCCACUGCCUUGGGCACCUUCCUUUUUCUGGCUGAAGUUGUCCUAGUUGGCUGGGUCAAGUUUGUGCCCAUCGGGGCCCCCUUGGGCACAUCAGGCUCAAUGGGACCUGCCUCCCAGCUGCCUGAGACUCUGCCGCCAGUGGCCACCUCCCUUAGUCCAGCUUCCAAGCCAUCGUCCACUUCUGUAGCCCCGUCACAGGCCGAGCCCCCUGAGGCCUGCCCCCCACGGCAAGCGUGUGACGGUGGUGCGGCCCAUGGACCAGGUUGGCAAGCCGCCAUGGCCUCCACGGCAAUCAUGGUACCUGUAGGACUAGUGUUUGUGGCCUUCGCCCUGCAUUUCUACCGCUCCUUGGUGGCUCACAAGACCGACCGCCACAAGCAAGAGCUAGAGGAGCUGAGUCGCCUGCAGGGGGAGCUUCAGGCUGUGUGA